UUGCGGUCGAAUGGAAGACAUCCAAAUGGAAGAAGAUGCCAGAGUAUUUGAAUUCGCUGAGUUCUGAACUAUAAGAGAUGAACACUGGGUCCAGUUUAAGGAGAUCCUCCAAAGAAUCCAAGAAGGGACGCUUGAAGAGAUAAUAGAUCAUUUCCAUGAGCUUUUCUACCUAGCACAAAAACUGAUCUGGUACAGGAACCACAAGCAAAGGAAGCUCAAAGGGUUCUUGGAACUGAAAGACUUCAUCAUUAAUGAAACAGGUCAAGAGGAAAGCUUUGUUGAAGUUAUGCAUUUCAUUGCAGCCAGAGCUCUAGAUGUGAAGGAUAUGUUCCCUGAAGACAAAGUCAGAAUCCUUUCGAAAAACCAGCAGGCUUGUGAGAACUAUACCUCUGUUCAGAUCAGUUGAGCAAUCGCUCACGGGUUCUUCUGCUUGAUCCCGGGACAAGACAAAUUCCUUGACUUGCCAUUCCCGAUGAAUUUCAAUAUGUGGCAUGAGGAUAAGAGCAAGCUUGGGCUAGAGAAACUGAAGUUUUACUACAACUAUUUCAACUCGCAGUGCUCGAUGCCUGAGGACGAGAGAUACAUCAGCUUUGAAAGGAAGUUCAUUUCAGAGCUCGACUAUGAUAAUCUUGAAAAUGAUGUAUGGUCUAAUUCUGAUACAACCUUAACAAGCGUCUUUUUCGAUGAGAAAGGAAGAAUCGAGGAAGAUGAGGGCUCCCUAAUGGUCGAUUUCGCUAACAAGUUCAUCGGCGGUGGCUGUAUGAACCUCGGGUGUGUUCAGGAAGAGAUUCUCUUCCUGAUUUACCCAGAACUGCUCAUGGCUCUCAUAUUGUGCCCCAAAAUGGAGAAAUAACGAAGCUAUAAUGAUUAAAGGGCCUAAAAGGUACAGCAAUUAUACCGGAUAUGGAUUCUCGACAGAAUAUACAGGCCCGUUCGAUGAUAAGCAGCCACUAGAUUCUGACAGCAGGAUUGAGAGAGUUUUCACAGCAAUUGAUGCAAUUUAUUUCGGAAGCACCCAGCACGAAUACUCACAGUUUGGCAAGAAAUCAAUUUUAAGAGAACUCAAUAAGGCAUUGAUAGGUUUCACUAAAUUCUCAGGCGAAGAAGACGAUGACAAAAUGGUCCUUAGUACUGGAAACUGGGGGUGUGGCGUCUUUAACGGAAACUGUGAACUCAAAUUUCUUAUCCAAUGGAUGGCAGCAAGCUUUCAUGGUCGAAACAUGAAAUAUUUCACAUUUGGGGAUGAAAAAUGAGAAUUCCUAGGACAAAUAGUCAAAGAGUGCAAAGGAAAGUCCAUUAAGGAAAUCUAUGAGCUUCUGCUAGGUCACAGUGCUUACCUUAAAGCUCAUAGCAAAACCAAAUCCUGGAAGCCAGAGAAAGAUUUGAUCAGCAAGUUUAUCACAAACAUUUAUUACAGAAGAGCGUUCUAAAGAUUAGCGUUCAAAAUCGGCC